AUGGAGGCGAAGUUCCUCAAGCUCCGCCAGGAGCGCGAGGAACAGCGGCGACAGCGCUCGAAGGAAACUGGGGCCAUCACGCUGCAGCGCCAGCAGUACGAGGCGGAGGCCGAGCUGCUGGAAGCGGAGGUCACGCAGCUCCUUCAGGAGGGCAAUGUGACUGAGUCGCAGCAGCGCAUCGACGCACUACGGACACUGGUGCAGGACACGUCCAACAGCAUCUCUCUUACCGCGCACGAAAUGGCGAAGGCAAACGUCAUUCUCGCUCGUCUGCAGCAACUCGUAGAUGAGAAGCGCAGCGGCGCAGCGCCGAAGAAGUUCAAGUUUUCCUCGCGCCUCAAGGCGAAGCCGACGUCGGAUGCCGAGCCCACCACUUCUUCAUUAUCCCCGACGGGUACAUCCGAUACGAAGGAAGCGACUGCGACGGCUACCGUGUCGGUUGCAGGGACUGUUAGCAGCACCAACGGCUUUGGCAAUGUCCACGGACCCUCCACGGGCACGGACCUCUUCAUCAGCCAUUCGAAGAGCAUCUUCGUCAACGGCUGCGCCGACUGUGACAUCUACUGCCUUCCCGUUGCGGGGUCCGCCUUUCUAUCAAACUGCACCAAUUGUCGUGUAUACGUGGCGUGCCAUCAGCUGCGACUGAAGGGCUGCACAAGCCUCGAUCUCUACGUGUGGUGCGCGUCUACUCCGAUCAUUGAAGAGUGUGACGCGAUGCGCUUCGGGCCGUAUCGGUGCUGGCUAGGCCUGCUGAGCUCGUGCACUGAGGAUGGAAAGACGUACGCCACGCAUGCGGAGUGGGUUUCUAGGGUCGGCGAAAUCGAAGAUACAGCGCGGACGGAGCAGAACUACGUCAAAGUGGACGACUUUCAGUGGGUGAAGAAGAGCGCGAGUCCUCACUGGCGUGUGCUCGCCAGAGAGGAAGAAAGGGCGAGCACCACCGUUUUCGGGCCCGCGACCCCGCCUUCAUCCUGA